UUGAAACCUAACAACAGCACAUACCUCAGUAUCAAUACUUUGUGAGGAAAUGAGUAUCAGUUUGGCUUCUAGAGGAAGGAAAAUUAAAUAUUUACCUAAAAAUCUCGAGUUUCCUCUGGAUGGUUCAAUUGACCAACUGAAGGAAGAGAUUUCUCAAAAAUCUCAGUUACCAAUUGAGCGGCUGAGGUUGAGUACAGUCGAUGGUACAGUUCUUCUUCCAGGAAAGACGCUUCGAAAGUAUGGCAUAGGCCCUGGAACAACUAUAUGGGUAAAGGAUCUUGGUCCCCAAAUCGGUUGGAGGACAGUCUAUAUAAUCGAGUACUUGGGUCCUUUAAUUAUUCAUUCUCUUUUCGUAUUAAAUUUAAAACAUAUUUACAGACAAGAGUUCAACCUUUCUUUAAAUCAAAAGAUUGCUUUUGUUAUGGUCAUACUACAUUUCUUGAAGCGUGAAUAUGAAAGCAUUUACGUUCACCGUUUUUCUUCUGCAACUAUGCCAUUCCGAAAUAUUUUCAAGAACUGCUUUCACUACCAUGUCCUCGCUGGUGUACUUCUUGCUUUCUUCAUAUAUGGUCCAUGGCAUUCCCAGGAUUAUAUUUCUCCCAAGCUACUUAUCUUUUAUACAUUUGGUUGGACUUUUUCCGUGCUGUCUAAUUUGAAGAUGCAUCUGAAGCUUCGGGAUUUACGUCCUGAGGGUUCCUCUAAACGCGCCAUACCUUAUGGGUAUGGUUUUAAUUGGGUUUCUUGUCCGAAUUAUUUUUUUGAAUCCCUUGAAUGGUUGCUUUUUGCUUUAAUAACCAGAUCCUGGGCUUCUUGGCUUUUCUUGGCGAUUGGAAGUGCACAAAUGUGGGUAUGGGCUCAAAAGAAACACAAACGUUAUCUCAAAGAAUUCCCUAAUUAUCCCAAGUCUCGUAAAGUUUUUAUCCCUUUUUUCAUGUGAGAUUUGAGAUAUGAUCUACCAUUGUUUCGAACCAAUUUUAGUCUUUGCCUCAAAUGCUUAUCCUUACUAUUGCUUUCAUUCAUGUAAUGUUUACGCGAAUAAGCUUUUACCUUUAUUAUUCACUCGGUUUACUGCAGUCUUGUCCUUUAUUGUUUGCGCUGCCGUCACCAGUGUUUAACUUUGCAAAUGCUUAUUACUUUCAUGCAGAGGUAUAGCAUUACAAUAUAGAACUAACUACCUAUAGUAAGUCGUCAAUUCAUUGUAUGUUUAUCUCCAAAGAAUGAGUUUCGUAUCUAA